CCUAAUGGGCAAACGCAGGUUUCUACGUGGAAUGAGCAUUCCAUGUGUCCUCCUAGGCAUGAAUGAAGUGGCCUGGCAGGAGACCAGAGGAAUGAUGCAUGCGAACAUUGGUCAGGAAGCCAGUGGGGUUGGAAUAGGGGUUGCCCCAGCUGGAACAGUAGGUGGAGCAACAGCAGGGCCAGGGCCUGGAACUUCAGGGCCCAGUUCAGGUGGAAACAAUCCUCACACCAUCCCUACAGCUGCAGUGUCAGGUGCUUUCAAUGUCCAGGUACCCCUCAGUGGACGGUCUCAGGAUGAUGCCACAGUUGGAUAUUUCUUCCAGAGGCAGGCUGGUGAGCAGCUGAGUGGCUACUCCAGCAAACAUCGCUGGCCCACAGGAGAUAGCAUUCAUGUAGAUCAUUCGGUUCGAUCUGUGGAUGAGAUGAAUCAUGAGUUUCAAGCUCUUGCACUAGAAUCUCGGGGAAUGGGAGAGCUGUUACCUGCCAAAAAGUUUUGGGAACCUGAUGAUUCAGCAAAAGAUGGACAAAAAGGGAUAUUCCUUGGUGAUGAGUGGAGAGAGACUGCAUGGGGAACUCCUCACCAUUCUAUGUCCCAGCCUAUUAUGGUACAGAGAAAGCCUGGACAGGGUUUUCAUGGAAACAGUGAAGUAAAUGCUGUAUUGUCUCCUCGAUCAGAAAGUGGUGGCCUUGGAGUGAGCAUGGUAGAAUAUGUGUUAAGUUCCUCUCCAGCAGAUAAAUUGGAUUCCCGGUUUAGGAAAGGAGCUUUUGGCACUAGAGAUGCUGAAACAGAUGGACCUGAGAAAGGAGAUCAGAAAGGAAAGGCUUCUCCAUUUGAGGAGGACAAAAACAGAGAUCUUAAACAAGGAGAUGAUGAGGAUGUUACUAAAAUAAAUGGCAGAGGUUUGCCAAAUGGAAUGGAUGCCGAUUGCAAAGAUUUUAAUCGUACUCCUGGAAGCCGACAAGCCUCCCCAACAGAAGUAGCUGAGCGCCUGGGUUCUAACCCUAACUCCACAGAAGGAUUAGGCCCACUUCCCAAUCCUACAACCCACAAACCUCUGGUAGAAGACUUUUCAAACCCAGAAACUCAGAAUCUGGAUGCCAUGGAACAAGUUGGUCUUGAUUCUUUACAGUUUGACUAUCCUGGCAAUCAGGUACAAAUGGACUCCUCAGGAGCUACUGUAGGACUUUUUGACUACAGUUCUCAGCAGCAGCUUUUCCAGAGGACUAAUGCGCUAACUGUCCAGCAGUUAACAGCAGCUCAGCAGCAACAGUACGCAUUGGCUGCAGCUCAGCAGCCACACAUAGCAGGGGUAUUCUCAGCAGGCUUGGCUCCAGCUGCUUUUGUGCCAAACCCGUACAUUAUCAGUGCUGCUCCUCCAGGUACUGACCCAUACACUGCAGCAGGGUUAGCUGCAGCAGCAACACUAGCAGGUCCGGCAGUGGUCCCUCCUCAGUAUUAUGGAGUUCCAUGGGGGGUAUAUCCAGCCAAUUUAUUUCAGCAGCAAGCUACAGCUGCAAACACCACAGCAAAUCAACAGGCAGCAUCACAAGCACAAGGACAACAACAGGUUCUGCGUGCUGGAGCAAGUCAGCGCCCUCUUACUCCCAAUCAGGGUCAGCAAGGGCAACAGGCAGAGUCACUUGCAGCAGCUGCGGCCGCAAAUCCAGCUUUGGCUUUUGGUCAGGGUCUUGCUACAGGCAUGCCAGGCUAUCAAGUACUAGCCCCUACUGCGUAUUAUGAUCAGACUGGUGCCUUAGUAGUAGGCCCUGGAGCAAGAACUGGCCUUGGAGCACCAGUCAGAUUGGUGGCCUCAACUCCUGUUAUAAUUAGUUCUGCAGCAGCACAAGCAGCUGCAGCAGCUUCAGCUGGAGGAACAGCAAACAAUCUCGCGGGAGCCACGAACGGUCUAUUUCGGCCACUUGGUGCCCAACCACAACAGCCGCAGCAGCAAACAAAUAGUAGUCUACAAUCUAAUUCAUUUUAUGGCAGUAACUCUUUGACCAAUAACUCCCAGAGCAGUUCCCUUUUUUCACAUGGUCCUGGCCAACCAGGAAGUACUUCUCUUGGCUUUGGAAGUAGCAGCUCCUUAGGAGCAGCUAUCGGCUCUGCACUUGGUGGAUUUGGCUCAUCAGUUGGCAGUUCUGCAAGUAGUAGUGCCACAAGGAGAGAUUCUCUAUCUACUAGCUCUGACUUGUACAAAAGAUCUAGUAGCAGCCUAGCACCCAUAGGGCAGCCAUUUUACAAUAGUCUGGGAUUUUCCUCCUCUCCAAGUCCAAUAGGCAUGCCUCUGCCAAGCCAAACUCCAGGACAUUCACUUACGCCACCGCCAUCACUUUCAUCACAUGGAUCCUCAUCCAGUUUGCAUUUAGGAGGGCUGACAAAUGGUAGUGGUCGCUAUAUCUCUGCAGCACCUGGAGCAGAAGCAAAGUAUCGCAGUGCCACGAGUACCUCCAGUCUUUUUAGCUCCAGCAGCCAACUCUUCCCUCCUUCACGUCUUCGUUAUAGUAGGUCUGAUAUUAUGCCCUCUGGACGCAGUAGGUUGCUGGAAGAUUUCAGAAAUAAUCGCUUCCCUAACCUUCAACUAAGAGACCUUGUUGGACAUAUAGUUGAAUUUUCUCAAGACCAGCAUGGUUCGAGAUUCAUACAGCAAAAGCUGGAACGAGCUGCUCCAGCUGAGCGCCAGAUGGUAUUUGCUGAGAUUCUGCAAGCAGCGUAUCAGUUGAUGACUGAUGUAUUUGGAAACUAUGUAAUACAGAAAUUCUUUGAGUUUGGAAGCCCGGAACAAAAGUUAGCCCUAGCAACACGCAUACGUGGUCAUGUUCUGCCAUUAGCCCUACAGAUGUAUGGUUGUCGGGUUAUUCAGAAAGCACUAGAAUCUAUCUCACCUGACCAGCAGGUAAUUAAUGAAAUGGUGAAAGAGUUGGAUGGUCAUGUUCUGAAAUGUGUGAAAGAUCAAAAUGGAAACCAUGUUGUACAAAAAUGCAUUGAAUGUGUCCAGCCACAGUCACUCCAGUUCAUCAUUGAUGCUUUCAAAGGACAGGUGUUUGUGCUUUCAACUCAUCCGUAUGGCUGCAGAGUAAUUCAGCGUAUUCUGGAGCACUGCACUGCUGAGCAGACUUUGCCCAUCUUAGAGGAAUUGCAUCAACACACAGAACAGCUUGUGCAGGAUCAAUAUGGAAAUUAUGUUAUCCAACAUGUGCUGGAGCACGGUCGUCCUGAAGACAAGAGUAAAAUAGUUUCAGAAAUAAGAGGAAAAGUUCUAGCUCUGAGUCAGCACAAAUUUGCCAGCAAUGUCGUAGAAAAAUGUGUAACUCAUGCAUCUCGUGCUGAAAGAGCUUUACUUAUUGACGAGGUUUGUUGCCAGAACGAUGGUCCUCACAGUGCCUUAUACACCAUGAUGAAGGACCAAUAUGCCAACUAUGUUGUUCAGAAGAUGAUUGAUAUGGCUGAACCUGCGCAGCGGAAGAUUAUAAUGCACAAGAUUCGACCCCACAUUACAACUCUGCGUAAAUAUACCUAUGGCAAACACAUACUGGCCAAGUUAGAGAAGUAUUACCUGAAGAACAGUGCUGAUCUGGGGCCAAUCGGAGGACCACCAAAUGGGAUGCUGUAAAAGACCAGACAUACAGGCAGCAACUUGAAUGAAAGAAAAAUUUCAUUGUGAAUUAUCAAAACCCACAACUUAACUAUAAAUGUUCUGAUUUUUUUAAAUCUAUUUAUUGACUCUGUUCAUCCAUUUGUAAAAUUUUUAUUGUUCUUGUGUAUAUUUUUUGGGAGUGAAUUAUAAAAUAUCUCCAGCCCUGGCCCGGAGACCUAUCAGAUUGAACUGCUGACAAAGCACAGAAUGCCUGUAUAUGAUGUAAUUGUAUCAAAAUAGCUGUCACAUAUUUUGUAAAUUUUUACCUUGUAAAGUCACUGAAAAAUAGUUUUUAAAGGGAAAAAGUACAUUAUUCUUUUAAUACACUGGCUUGCAAUCUGGUAGGUCUACCCACUAUCACAGCACAACAGGUUUCUAGAGUUGUAAAUAGAAUGUCUUUCUCCCCCCCCAACCCCCCUUUGUGUGGAGUCUUUUAUACCAGAUUAAAAUAGAUCAACUGCAUAAAUAUUUAACAUGUUACAGAAAGUUAAGUUGUAUUUUGGUGGUUCACAACAUAUCCAAAUAGCAAAAAGGGCACGGCAAACUAAAGUAGGGAUUGACAAAACAAUGGAAACUUUAAAGACAAGCAUCCGUCAUUUGCUGUGGCCAUGAUUUUUUUUUAAAAAUGCAAUGCCCUAAU